AUGAGAACUAAUUAAGGUUCAAGCAAUGAUCUUUUGAAUCGAAAUAAUUAAGGCAAAAGAGAUUUCGAUCAAUUGAUAAGUACUUCACCUAAUGGAUGGAAAGAUCUUACUGUUUAAAAUUAAACAGGUUAUGUUUCAAGAGAAAAAUAUAAUAAGCUUAAAGAUCUAAAUUCUAAAUUAAAAGUAUAAUUAUCUCUUAUUUAAAAUAGGCCACCCUAAAAGAGUAUAUUUAAGAUUCCAAAGAUAAAGAAAGACAAUUAUAAAUGAAAGAAGAAUUACUUAUUAAAUAUGAAAAAGAUAGAAUCGAGUCUUAAAAUAAAGGAAAUGAAGAACUAAAAACAUAACUUAAUGAAUUAAAAAUUAAAUUGUAAAAGAAAAAGACUAAAAUCAGGUUACUCAAGGAUUCCUCUAAAACCAUUGAUUCUAGAUUAGAUGAAUAGAAAGCCACUUUAUAAAUUGAAUUGGACAAAAUGUAAAAAAUGUGCGAUUCCUUACAAAAUGAAAUGUAACAUUUCUAAUGAUGAUUUAGAAAAGAACAUGAUAGAAGAUACUUUAUACUCAAAGAUGAAAAUAUCAUUUUAAAAUAAGCUUUAUAACAAAAAGAUGAUUAAUGCAAAUAUUUUGAAAUGGGAGCCCAAGAUGAUAGGUAAAAUAUACAAUUAUUGGAAUCAAAGAUUAAAGAAUUAUAGGAAGAAAAAAAAAUAUUAUAAAUAGCAAUUGAUAAUUAAAAAUCUAAAAUUGAUGAAGCUGAAAAGUUCAUUAAAUUAAGUGACCAACGUCAUCAAUAAGAUAUUAAUAAAAUUGAAUAAUAAAAACAAUAGUUAUAAAAUGAAUAUCUUUCAUAAAUUAAUAGAAAAAAAGAAAAAAGCAAAUCAUUAAUACUUUAAAUUCAAUAAUUAGAAUAAUAACUUACUCAAUAGUAAAAAGAAGAAUUGUCUUUUAACAAAAUUAUAUAAGAAUCAAAACAAGAUUAUUUAAGGUUAUAAUCAUAGCUAGAAGAUUAAAGAAAUAAGACUGAUUAAUCUUUGAAAGAGGCAAACUUUAAGGUUUAAGAGGUUAAAGAAUUAAAAUUAAAAUUAGAAUCUUAAAAGUCUUUAGUUUAAGCAUAUGAAGAUAAAUUAGCUCAAUAUGAUAUCUAAUAUUAAUUAGAUUAAAGUGAAAAAUAAUAGAUAUUAUAUGAUAUUGAUUAAUUUCAUUAAGAAAAUAAGAAACUAUAAUAUCUAUUAUAUCAAUCUGAUUAAGAUAUAGCUUACUUAAAAUAAUAACAUGAAGAUGUAAUUAAUUUAAUUAUUCUUAUAGGAUUUAUUUUAAAUUGAAAAAAAAAUUGAAUCUUUGAUUCGCUAAUUAAAUGAAUCAAAAGAGGAAAUAUAAGAAUAAAAAAAAUUAAUCUCAGAAUUAAAAAAACAAGUUAUCUCAAGUGAUGAAUAAGCAAAUGCAUAUAAGAAUAAAUAUUUAAAAGUUAAAUAAAACCAAAAAACAUUAUAAUCUGAAUAAAAAUAUGUAGUUUUUUAUUAUUUAUUAUUUUAGUUAGAAGAGAAAGUCAAAUUGAUGGAAAGUGAAAGAGUUUUUGAAGAGAAAGAAGCAUUAAAAACUAAAGAUUAUGUCAUAUAGUAGAAAUAAGUUUAGUAAAGUAAAAUUAAAGUGUUAGAUGAAAUCUAAAAUAUGAUAAAAUAACAUAAAAAAAUUACAGGCUGA